AAAAUAAAAGGAAAAAAAAAUAGCAUUUGCAAGUGUUAUUUAUUUUAUUUAAUUAUACAUAUUUAUAAUGGCUGUGGAUCCCUUUUUUGCCAGUACGCGCAAACGUAAGCGUUCUAAUAACAAAGCUACAAAAAAAGGUUCCGUCAAACCUCAACCCAAAAAUACCAAGCCAGAUAGUGAUAUUGAAGACAAUGAGGAAGAUAAUUUUGAUACUGAUUUAUCUGCUGAGAGCGAAGUAGAAUCCUCAGAAGAGGAAAUUGAAGAAACAGCUGCAGAAAAACGUGUUCGUCUUGCUAAAGCCUAUUUAGGUUCUAUUGAAAAAUCAUUAGAGGAUGACAUUACUGCGUUUGAUGCUGCUGAUUUGGAUCGAGAUCUGAUUGCUGAACGUUUAAAAAAAGAUGAUGAUGAGAAUGAAGGUAGACUUCAUCUACGAAUUGCAGAUACAUUUAAAUUAGAUGAUGUCGAAAAUAUAAAAAUGAAUACAAUGCGUGGUCAUCAGCUUCCAGUUACAGCAGUUGCAUUAUCUGAGGAUGGUGCCAUUUUAUAUUCAGCCUCAAAAGAUGGAUCUAUUGUGAAAUGGGAUGCAAAGACUUUUAAAAAAUUACAUACCUUUUUAGGAGGUAGAAAAGGGGUUAAAAACUUUGAUGGACAUACACAAGCCAUUUUAUGUCUUGCAAUAAGUUAUGACGGACAAUAUCUUGCAAGUGGUGGACAAGAUAAGGUUAUUAAUAUCUGGUCAGUUAAAGAAAAUAAGCAUAUUGUCAAAUUUACUCAGCAUAGAGAUACAGUAUCUGGUCUUGCUUUUCGUAAAGGAUCAAAUCAGUUAUAUUCUGCAUCACAUGAUAGAACAAUUAAACUAUGGAAUAUUGAUGAAAGAGCUUAUAUUGAAACUUUAUUUGGUCAUCAAGAUCAAAUUACAGAUAUUGAUACCCUUGGUCGUGAACGUUGUGUAUCCACGGGUGGUAGAGAUAAAACAGCGAGAUGGUGGAAAAUUCCUGAAGAAUCGCAACUAAUAUAUAGAGGCAGUGUCUCUACAAAGAAUUCAGAUGGAAGUAAUCGACCUUUAUAUGUAGAAGGUUCAUUAGACUGUAUAGCACAAAUUGACGAAAGUAUGUUCAUUACAGGUGGUGACAGUGGUGUUAUUUCUUUAUGGGACAUUAAUCGUAAAAAGCCUGUUUUCUCUCAGUCAAUUGCUCAUGGAUUGAAUAUAUACGCAAGUGAAUCAGAAGGAGAUAUUAAGACACCUUACUGGAUUACAGCAUUAGCUAGUCUAAAAUACUCCGAUUUAUUUGUUUCAGGUUCAUGGGAUGGCUAUGUACGUAUAUGGAAAUUAGCAUCAGAUAAUAAGAGCUUUAGUCAAAUAGGGCAGAUUCCUGUGCAGGGUGUAAUUAAUAGUAUUCAAAUCAAAACUUCAUUUCCUUCUAAACGUACUUUACUUGUGCUUGGUAUUGGACAAGAAUUAAAAUUAGGUCGUUGGCUUCGAUUAAAGAACGGUGUAAAGAACUGUACAAAAGUUAUUGAAUUAGAGACAAAACCAAAUGAACUAAGAAUUAUAUAAAAUAAAGAAAAUAGUAUAUGUAUAUUA